GCGGUUUUCCGGUCUACGGAACAGGACUUAUCAUAUCGCGGUGUUAGAACGCCUCUGAAAGCGCAAUGUGAGUGUGGAGACGAAGUGCCUCACAUUUCCACUUUCUUUUUGAUCAAAGUGGUCACGAAUGAAAUAGUUUACCUGUACGCUAUCUUACUGUGCGACCGUUAGUGAAGCCUGGUUAUCCAUUCGGUCUCGCAAAACUGUCCGGCCGAGAGGGGGACACAUCCAUUCUCUUCUAGGUUGCUCCACCCAGUUGCGUCAAACUAAGUGCCCCUGGGGUUUCAAGCACCAGGGGGGCGGGUACAGGAGGGCCGUGUGCCUCUCGAGAGCUGUGACCAGUGAUUGACAGGCGUACCCAGGAUGCCUCUGUUCUUCAAAAAGAGCAAACCCAGCGAUGAGUCCCAGAAGCGGCUGGAGUACCAGCUGUGCCUGGCCAAGGAAGCUGGUGCUGAUGAUAUCUUGGACAUAUCAACCUGUGAGCUCACAGAGGUCCCCCCCACUGCCCUGUCCAUUUGUAAGGUCCUGCAGAAAAAGGUUUUCAUUGUUCAUGGAAACAAGCUGAGGACUCUCCUGCCGAAAGGAUGCUCCAUCACUUCACUGGUGACAUUGAAGGUUUUGGAUCUCCAUGAAAACAAUCUCACAUCACUUCCUGAAGACAUUGGCCAGCUAAAGGCACUGCAGGUUCUCAAUGCUGAAAAGAACCAGAUAAAGGCACUACCAGAAACCAUUGGAGAUCUCCACCUUCUGCAGACCCUUAAUGUGAAAGGGAACCACCUCAGCAAGUUGCCAUCCUCGCUAGGCCGCUUAUGCAGCCUGCGUACUCUGGAUAUCAGUGAGAACCAGGUGAAAGAGCUCCCCUUGGCCAUGGCCAACAUUAGAACCCUGGAGUGUCUGACACUGGAUGCCACCCAGAUGACCUUCCCACCUGCCUCUGUGUGUGCUGGAGGCACCGAGGUCAUCCAGCGCUUUCUCUGCUCCGAACUAGGUGUGGAGUACUGUCCUCCCUCGCAGUACCUGCUGCCAGUGUUGGAGCGCGAUGGAGGGCCAGUGGAGGCAGACUGCGUGGAUGGGGAGCAGGAGGCCUGGCAGAAUAAAUUCCUGGACUACGCAAAGAGAAAGGAGCAGAAGCAGCAAGAGAAGCUAGAGUUUGAGCGACGCCUGGAUGAGGAACAGAGGGAGCACACGCAGCUGUUCCUCCUCAACCACUCCCGGAAGGAGGAUAUUCUCCAGUCUGUCAAACAGGAACAGGAACGACUGGAGCAGGGCGUGAUGCAGCAGCAAAAAGUCAUGGAGCUGGAGAGGCAGCGUCUGCUGGACCAGAUGAAGCUAACAGAGAUGAGCAUCUCUAGCCGCAUUUCCCAUCUGCUCCUGGAGAACAAGAGGCAGAAGAAAAGUGCAGAGUUCCUGCAGGCCCUGGAAGAGGACCGCAUUCACCUAGAGCAGCUGACCUCCAUCACGCAGGAGGAGGCCAAUUCGCUGCGGAAGAGGGAGGUGGCUGCUGCCAUGCAGAAGAUGCUGUCAGAGAGCUACUCGCUGCGUUUGCUGCAGGAGGCCAGCGAGACACGUAGGAACAACCUGGUGACGGAGACCUGCCGGAGCCUGGAGAGUCUGGAUAAGAAAUUUGAUCAGGUUCUGUCUCUGCAGCAGCUGGACAAAAGCAAAGCAAUCGCCCAGAUCCUGCAGGAGGAGGAAAUGCAGAAAGCAGCGUUCGAGGCCCUGCAGCUGCAGAAGGACAGCGUGCACGGCUUCAUCCGGAACCAGAUUAGGCUAAUAGAAGCUGAGUUAAGGCAGCUGACUAGACUGGAGGUAAAGAGGCGGGAUCUGGAUGCUGAGAAUCUGCAGGGUCUUCUGUCUGAGCAGCGCUCUGCCCUCACUGACAUGCUGCAACAGUUGCUCAAGCAGAAGGACCAGAGGGAGCAGGAACUUCGCCAAAUCCUGGGCGAGAUGGAGCAGAAGAGCGACUCGAAUCUGCAGAACUACUGGAUGAUUCAGUACCAGAGGCUUCUGGAUGCCAAGCCCCUGUCCCUGCGCAUGCAGGAGGCUGGAGUGGAGAAGGAACUGGUGUCUCUGCUGUGUAAACUGUCUGCUCAGCACUACCUGCCUGUAGUCGCUCAUCACCGUGUCACUGCAGAGUCUCUGCGUCACAUGACCCAGAGCGAUCUCAGCAAGCUGGGAAUCAGUGAAGUUGGGAUUCAGAAGGCGCUUCUCAACUGGGCCAAAGAAAAGACAGUUACUCCCACUAAAGUGGUCCAGCUGGAGGAGGAGGAGGAGGAGGCGGCGGCCGGCCCACUUGUCCCCAGCGCUCCCUGUGUGCCCACCUCUCCACCGUACUCACCUGUCCUGGGAGUUGUUCCUUCCGCACCCAGUCUGGAAGAGAGGCCUGGGAGUUCAGAGUGUGUGGUGUGCAUGGAGAAGGAGUCCCAGGUGAUCUUCUUGCCCUGUGGCCACGUGUGUUGCUGCCAGGUCUGCAGUGAUGCCCUGCAGACCUGUCCCCUGUGCCGGAGCCAUAUCUCCCAGCGUGUCCGCAUCUACCACCCUUAGAGAAUGCUCUGAGGUGGCAGCCUCUCCCUGUGCUGCCUUCUUACUCUGGCCCUGGUGCCUGAGCUACUUUUCCCACUGUUUUCUAUUGUGACAGCACUAGGGGGCACCACACAGCCAACUCCCCCUGUUGCCCCAUCACUUAUUUCACCAGUAGAUCCACCCAACUACUGUACUACAUGUCCAUUUUUAGAUUUGCCAAGAAAUAUCAGUAAAGCAGUGAGACAUCAUCCUCCAGUGUCACUGAACUCACCGAAUGACCUGAAGGGCUUUGUCAUUUCACUCCAAUUUUACCCCGCUCUCCCUACAUGCCUUACGUGUGUGACCUUACCCCACUGCUCCCACCCAUUGUCAUCCCCUCAUCAGCUUGCAGCCUGCCUCUUCCAGCUCACCCACUGCUGGUCUCCUCAGUGAAGUGCUCUUAUUCUGCCAGUGGCUCACUUGUGCAAGGGCUAGAGUGGCUCCUCAGUGCUGCGCCAAUACCCAGCUGGGAAACAUUUUAAAAAGGGUUUUAGAAAUAGUAACAAGUUAAUUAAAUAUGAAAUGAAUGGACUAUUGAGAUGGUUUGAGUACUGUAUUUUGGGAAGUGCUACUGAAUCUCGUACCCAAUCUCCACCUUGCUAUUCACACACCACCUGAAUCCCGAGUGCCCAUGACAGCAUCUGACCUGCAUGUCCCCACAGUAUUUUUUCCUGUAGUAGAAGUGCUCUUUGACAUUCCCAAAUACUAGUAUCUGUCACAGUAAAACAUAUAUAGCAUGCUUUUGUAUUUCGCAUUGCAAGUCCUUUGUCGUAGAAACACAUUUUCUAACCUUGCUGAUUUAUCCCAGUGCCCUGCUGACCCUUCGCUCAAGGCUCUAAAAUCAUUCCCUGCCUUUUACUGUGAGCGUUGUGUGUCCAUUUACCCCCCCGGCUGCAUCCAUCUCUGUUCGCAAAGAAUGCAUGUGUGUAUCAGUCUUCCUCCUGUAAGAUUUAUUUUGUUACUAUAGAUUUUUGUACAUGCCUUAAACUUAUUUGCACUUGGUAUAGGACAGAGUUACAUACCUUGGAGCUGUAUGUAUGCAUGUGUUGUGGGAGUUUUACAUCAGUUGUACACUAGUACUUUUUCAGAAGCUGCUGGCAAUCACCUAGUCCUGCACCUCCUGCUUUUCCCUCUCCCAUCAUUGUUUAUUUGAACCAGGAACAUCUGGUACCCAUGUGUAAACAUCUGCCUGCCUGGAAGGUUAUGUGAUGCGUGCCACUCUUCAGCAUCGCACCUGCUCUAAGUGAAUGUUAAACCUAUGCAAAUAAACUGGCUCAGACCUUCUGUGGA